GAGCAUGCUAAACUUGUUUAUUUUCAUCAAACGAAUUCUUUAACUAUUUUAUAAUAAUAUUAGCAAGCGAUAUAUCUUAAAAUGGUUGAAGAAAAAGAAAUUGCAAUUCAAAAAAAAGAUGGACUGCUGCAAUGGAUUUUAAAAGUUAUUGCAAUACCGUUUUCUGUUGGCAGUUUAAUUUAUGCUUUUUUCAUUACGAAGAGAUUAAAAAACUGCUUACCUGGAAAGGUCGUUUUGAUAACAGGGGCUUCAAGUGGCCUUGGCGAAGCAUUAGCUCAUACGUUUUACGUAGCUGGCUGUAAAGUUGUUCUUGCUGCGCGACGACAAGAAGAAUUAGAGCGAGUUCGAAAGGAUUUACUUCAAUUACAUUCCACUCACACAACACCCCCACCGAUAGUGCUUCCUCUUGAUCUUACUGACUUAAAUUCCCUUCCUGAGAAGGUAAAACAAGUUCUGGACAUUUUCGGUCAAAUCGAUAUCCUUGUGAAUAACGGUGGGAUUAGUGUCAGAUCAGAGGCUAUCAAUACAAAAACCGAUGUUGAUAUAAAAAUUAUGCUAGUGAAUUAUUUCGGGACUGUUGCUCUAACUAAAGCAGUUCUUCCAUCAAUGAUUAAACGAAAUGAAGGAAGAAUUAUUUGCAUUGGAAGUGUCCAGGGAAAGUUUGCUAUUCCCCAACGCUCAGCUUAUGCUGCAUCGAAACAUGCAUUGCAAGCAUUUUGUGAUUCACUUCGUGCUGAGAUGUCUAAGAACAAUGUUAAAGUUACUCUUAUCAGCCCUGGCUAUAUCAAUACAUCGUUGUCACUUAAUGCUUUAACAGGAUCAGGAACUGCUUACGGAGAAAUGGAUGCGGCAACUGCAGGAGGUGCAGAUCGUUUCCAAAUGUCAAAGAAAAUUCUUCAGGCAGUGCUUAGUGAUCAAAAAGAUGUCAUUAUGGCUCCAAUAGCUCCGCGCCUUGCUUUCUACAUCAGAUUUAUUUGGCCUUCAUUGUACUUCUGGAUAAUGUCUGAACGUGCAAAAAAACUCGAAAAACAAAAUUAGAAAUUCUAUACAAAACAGGCUACAAAUGUCUUCAAUAUCUUAAGUUUUUUUUGUGCUAUGGUUUCGAUGGUUGCAUAAGAUAUCAAAGCGAAUAAAAAGUCAAAACAAAUUUUUCACGAGAAA